AUACGCUGCACACAUAGGCGUCCUCCCACUUAACUGAUCAUUUACGUUUCGCAACUUGCUGAAGACGAUUUUCGAUUUCGCUGGGUAAAGACACUGAAUAUCAAAAAUGGCUCAAGGUGGAAUGGUUCUUGUCAAAUACCUAUUGUUUAUCUUCAACUUUAUCUUCUGGAUCUCUGGCAUUUGUUUGAUUGCUGUUGGUGCUUGGAUCAAGGCAAAAUACAAAGACUUCAUUGAGCUAAGUGAGGGUAGUAGUGCAGCGACUGGUGCAGUGUUUCUCAUCAUCAUCGGUGUCAUUGUUGCAAUUGUUGGCUUUUUGGGAUGUUGUGGUGCAUGGAAGGAGAAUUACUGCAUGGUCACUACGUAUGCUAUUUUGCUGGCCAUAAUUUUUAUCCUGGAGAUCGCUGCUGGUGCUGUGGCUUAUGCCUACAAAGGAAAACUGGAGGAUUAUACCAGAAAAGCACUUGAUGAUGGUAUUGAUAAGUAUCUUGAUGGUGAAAAAGAUGCAAUGGAUGCAGUAGACAAUAUACAGAAGCAGUUUAAAUGUUGUGGUGUUGAUGAUUAUAAGAAUUACCUUAAUGCUUCUGAUGAUAAAAAAUUCCCAUCGUCAUGCUGUAAGAAUGAAAAGGUUUGUCCUCACACUGUUGGGGAUGUAAAGAAACUAAAUAGUACCGAACUGGAUGAUGAAAUCUAUACAAAGGGAUGCCUCACACAAUUCGAACAGUUUCUUCGUGAACACAUUUUGAUUGUUGGUGGAGUUGGUAUUGGCAUUGCUUUUGUCCAGUUGAUUGGCAUUUUGUUUGCCUGCUGCCUCAUGCGGUCCAUCAAGGCAGAGUAUGAAGUAGUGUAAUGUUGCACUAGCCAGCCAAUCAGCAGUACAGCCAGCAAAUAAUUUCACAUAUAUCCAGCUAUAGUGUAAUUCAAAUGUAGUGUGAUAGAUUGUAGUGUGCUGUUCUAUGUUAAAGCUGGGUUAGUUGAAAGAUUGUAUCUACAAAAGUGCGAUUCAGUUGCACAUUUUUGUUUUCUUAAAUAAUGGUGCAAAUAAACAGGGGAAAAUUUGCCAUUUCUAUUUUAUUUCCCUGCCUGCAACCUUUAAAAUGUAAUUAACAGCUAAGGUGUGCCUGCUGUUUUCUUGUUUUUUUGUCAUUUUCCCCAACUUAUAUUCUACAACCUUAAUUAUGUGCAGUUACAUAUUUUGUGAUAAUCAGAUAGUGACCCCUGGAAAUACAAAGCCAAGCUGUUACUUGUACCCAAUGUGUAUCUAGACAAGAUCUGUAUUGGAUUGUAUUAUGGUCGUGAGCCCUUUAAGUUGGUGGGUAUCUGUUGUAUAAUACCUUUGGUAUGCAUAUCUACUGCAUGAGCUUUUCAAGGAUCAAGUCAAUAAACUUUGGUUUAUAACAUAAUGAGUAAGAUACCUUUCCUUUCUUCAUAGGCUAGGCCAUAAAAACAGGGGUAAGGGUAGUUAGAUUGAGGGGCUUAAAACUGGCAAUUCAAAUUGAUAUCCAGUUUAAACGUUUAGGGCACUCAGUUCUUAGAGUUGUAGCCAGUGAGAAGACUGAAGGAGGCACUAUGGCAAGAACAGCUAAACAGCAAGAAACAAGGUAGAGAGAGUAGAGAUGCAAGGCCCCUUAAUUACUUUCUUUGUAACUGGCAAUGCAAUGCUAAUUUGAAAAAGAAGAAAAGGGGAGAAAGCAUCCCAUAAUGAAACCAGUAUAUCUGCACUGGAAGGAAAAAAUUAUGCAUUACCUGAUCCUAUGUUAGGGAAUUUUGAAAACCUGUUAUCUCGGAACACAGCUUUGGGCAGUGUUAAAUGAAAGACACUAAUUUGCAAUUUAAUUUGCAAGAUCAGCCAAAUGCUAUCACAGAACUUGAUGAAGAUUAAUGCAGAAUUAGUCACUGGACUCUCAAAUCAACUCCUUAUAAACCCUUAUAAAACCAAACUUGAUAUUUUUGGUAGUAGAGUUAUGAUCUCAAAGACAAUGAAAGAUUAUUCCCUAUCAUUAUGAUUCUUGCAACAGCAAAGGACGAGUUCUUCUACACUUUAGUCUGACAUAUACAUGUAAUAAUUACGUUGAUUCUAAUGUGUCCACUUGCAUGGUGCAGUUAGGACUUAUAAGAGGACUGAUGAUUCAAGUAAACAUGCCUUUAACAGGGGAA